AUGAGGAUUACCAGCUAUGAGUUGCUGCAAUCGAGCUUAUCCUCCAUCGAGGCCAUUACCCGUGUUCACCACCGACAGAUGCAGUUUAGUGCAGCUCUCUGGAAGCGACGCAAAACGGCCGAAGAGAAACACGCGAUCGAGUUCGCACCAAAGAAGAAGAACAAACCACAGAUGUUGGGUGUGGUGGACAUCUGGAGGAACAUGACCGUAGCGGAUUUGGCCCAAUCAUGCCAGCUCGAGCUGGAACACAUCCAGGAGGUGAUGCUGUACGUGAAGGGCGCCAGCAAUAUUGACGCGCGAGCCCGGCUCGAGGAUCCAAAGCUUAUCAAGGACAUCGCCGCCAAGUGUGGCCUACGCACCAAAAUCGUGGCCACCCCGGUUGAUGAAGAGGAUGAAGUGAUCAAGGACCGAGACGUGGUGCCGAGGCCACCGGCACCGGCCGAACACCUCCAAGAUCGCCCGCCAGUGGUAACGGUCAUGGGCCAUGUGGACCACGGCAAGACGACACUGCUGGAUUCGUUGCGUGGUGCAUCGGUAGCGGCAAGUGAAGCUGGAGGCAUCACGCAGCACAUAGGCGCGUUCACGGUGGAGCUGAGCAACGGCGAGAAGGUCACGUUCCUUGAUACACCCGGCCACGCCGCGUUCAGUGCGAUGCGGGCCCGUGGAGCCAACCUGACCGACAUCAUCGUGCUCGUGGUGGCGGCCGAGGACGGCGUGAUGGAGCAAACCAAAGAGGUGCUGCGGCUGGCCAAGGAACAAUCCGUUCCGAUCAUUGUGGCCGUCAAUAAGAUCGACAAACCGGGCGCCAAUAUCGACCGCGUGAAGAAAGAACUCUCCCAGCACGGGCUUCAGCUGGAAGGCUACGGUGGGGACACGAUUGCUGUGGGUGUUUCAGCGCUUCACGGCACGAACCUGGAGGAGCUGACGGAGGCCGUCAGCACGCAGGCUACGCUGAUGGGACUGAAGGCGGAAUACACAGGCCUGGUGGAGGGAGUCGUCGUAGAGUCGAAGGUCGACUCGCAUCGCGGUAAGCUCUCCACGGCCAUUGUGUCGCGGGGUACGCUACGAAAGGGUGCGGUGUUGGUCAGCGGACAGGCGUGGGCGAAGGUGCGUGGCCUGUUCGAUCAUGCCGGACAACCGAUCGCGGAAGUGAGCCCGGGUAUGCCGGUGGAGAUCCUGGGUUGGCGGGAGCUUCCGGUUGCCGGUGAUGUGAUCCUGGAAGUGGAAUCGGAACGGAUAGCUAGCUCGGUGUUGAGGUGGCGUGCGAACCAGGCCAUGAAGGAAAAGGCAUUGAACGAUGCGGAGGCCAUUAACCAGAAGCGCAAGGAACAUGAUGAGCAGUAUCGGGCGGAGCGUGAUAAGGCGCGCUUGAGCGGAUUUUACCGACGCAAGCAGCAAGGCCCACGGCAGAAGGAGUCGAGUGCCGAUGAUGGGAAGCCGCGGAUAAACGUGAUCGUGAAGGGCGACGUGCACGGCUCGGUGGAAGCCAUCUUGGACGUGCUGGAAACGUACGACGACAACGAGCGCUGCCGGUUGGACGUCAUUCACUACGCCGUGGGGGCGGUGAAUGAGAGUGACCUGGAGCUGGCCAGGUUGUUCGAUGCCAUCGUGUACGCGUUUUCAGUACCCGUCCCGAGCAAGGGCGUAAAAGGUGUCACGAUCCGGCCGGUGGACAUUAUCUACCGGUUGGUGGACGAUCUGAAGAAGGAGAUCAACACCAAGCUACCGCUGGUAGACCGCGAGGAGGAAGUCGGUGAGGCGAACGUGCUGCAGUUGUUCGACAUAAACGAUGGCCGGCGGAAGGUUACUGUGCUGGGGAGUCGGUGCACCAAGGGGGUGUUGAAGAAAGCUCUCAAGUUUAAGGUGAAGCGCAAUGGGGAGAUACUGGCAGAGGAGCUGGCCCUGGAAUCGAUGCGCCACCUGAAGAACGAGGUGGAUAGCAUUAAGAAGGACGUUGAGUGUGGGUUGCGGCUGAGUGAUCAGGCGCUGGAACUGAAAACGGGCGACACGCUCGUUUGCUACCAAAUCAAUCGCGUCCCGCAGGAGACGGAGUGGGAUCCUGGGUUUUAGAAUGUCCACCAUGCAUAGGCAACACGAUUUGGAACUGAACUGUGCAACAAUAGUUAAGUAAAAGGUGUAGCGCCCAUCGAGGAGC